GUUCCAUAAGUGUUGCUUGAGCUCCGCAUUCUCCUUGUGGAAUGCCAAGACAGGCACAGGUCAAGCUGGUUCAGCCGCAUAUCAUAGUUGCAUUUGGAUUGGGACGAAAAAACUCGGAACCCCUCGCCUGAGCGAGGAACAGACGUGGGAGGUGGAAAGGUUUAAAACAAUAGUUUGCCUUGUCGUCUUCAGAGGAUCACUCAGAGGCCUCCGCUGUUGAGCAAACUGUCCUUCCUCUUAUCCGGAAACCAACGGAAAGUGAUCAAAAUCUAGUGAAGGUUGUCAUUCUUGAACGAGGGAGUUGAAUAUCAAUCAAAAUGACCUUCUGGCAGGAGAAUUACCACUUCAUCAAGGAUGUCUAUGACAUGCGUCAUCAGAAGAUGCUUGAGUGGAUGGAAAAUGUGGAGAAGGCAAUCUCCAGGAUUAUGGCCGACAAAGUCUACACUUCAGCUGAGUUCAAGCGUGAACGUGACAAUUUCCAUGCCUUGUGCAAAGACUUGGAACGAGCUGAAAUCAAGAAAUGGCUCCAACAAAUCUUGGAAAUCAUCAUGGCCGAGCGUGGAAAGGAAGAACGAUCCGAGCAAAGCAAGAAGUUGGACGAGCUGAUCGAGAAACACGAGAACCUUAUUCCCAACGUCCUGAAGACGCAGGUCAAGGUUGAUUUGUACUGGAAAUGUUACGCCUAUGGUGAUGAAUUGAAGCCUCACAUUGAGUUCUUGGACGGAAUCAUGCUGAGCUCGACUCGCGAGAUCGCACCUUCUUGCGUGGAGAAUGUCGACGAGCUGAUUGAACGACAGGAGAAGGCCUUAAACCAACUUGAGACCAAGCGCAACGUGGUCAAUGAGCUCAUCUUGAAGGGCAAAGCUCUCUUGGAGAACCCUGACAAACCAAGAUUCUUGGACGACCAUGUUAAACGUAUCCAAGAAGGUUGGGAUGUGACCAAGGAGAAGGCCUCCGGUCGUCUCUCCCUGCUACAAGAAACCAAGUCUGCCUGGGAAGGCUACGCCGAGGGACUCGACUCCAUCGUUGUCGAGUUCGAAAAGGCCGACGAGGAGAUGAAGAAGGUCAAGAAGCGAUUCAACUUGGAAGCAGCCUUCGAGGACCUCGAGAAGCGACAACAGAUCUUCAACCAAUCCAAGACCUCUAUCGAACAAAUGUACAAGGACUUGCAACACAACUACGAUGUUAUGACCAUGACUCUUCCCGAAGACAAGAAGGACUUUGUCAAGAAGGAGGUCAAGGCCAUCACCGACAAGCUCGACGUUGUGGGCAAAUUCGAAGAGAAGGUUAAGAAGAUUGAGGAGUUUGUGAACAACCUCAGCACCUUCGACAAGAGCCUGAAGGAGCUUGACAAGUGGAUGACUGAUGCCAAUACACAACUUGGUGACAUCAAGGACAAGUCCGACCAGAUGACUCCCGAGGAUCGUGUGUCUUACACCAUGGAGCUUUCCGAAGAUAUCAGCUCCAAGGUGACGGUCAUCCAAGAGCUUAUUGCCAGCGAGGAGGGCCUUCUUCCUCAAGGUGAUAAAUGCCCUACCGAUGCCGAAGAGUAUAAGGCAGAGCUCAAGAGAAUUGAAAAAUACGUCACCGACUUGCAGAAGAAGGUCAUGACCGAGUGUGAUAACUUCUCCGAGGACGUCAAGUUCUGGGCUGAGUAUAAGACCGGCAUUAAGGAGUUCAAGCCUUGGCUCGAAACCGCCGAAACAAAGUCCACCGAAGGUUUGCACAAGCCCCAGACUUUGGAGGACGCCAACGCCAUGUUCGCCACUGUCAAAGACUUUGCUGAGUCUUGCAUCAAGAACCUGAAGGUCUUGGAAGCCGCCACUGCCGCAUCCCUCAAGAUGACCACGCACAAAGAGGCUGAUAGCGAGGUCGCUGUGCUCAAGGAGCGAUAUGCCAAGGUCAAGGUUGUGGCCGACGAAUGGGUCAAGAAGGUUGAGACCUUGGUUAAGGAAUGGCAACUUUUGGAUACCACUGUGACCGAGUUGAACUCCUGGGUGGCUGAGGAUCGCAAGGACAACAGCGAACAACAAUUCUCUCUCGAGAAAAUGGAGUCCACUCUCGGAGAACUCAAGAACAUCUUCAAGGAGAAGGAGAAGCUCGUGGAGAAUCUCUAAGCCUCCCAAUGUCUCUCCAAACAAACCCGCGACCCUGAAACACCGCAACCCACAAUGGACACUAGAGUGUCAAAAGCCAAGCCCUUAGGGUGGGUGGUCCAUGGACAAGACGCGUCCUUCCCCGGGUGGACUGCUGGGGCGCCAGGUUCAAACGCCAUCACCAGGAUCCUUUUGAAGUUGAAAGUGUGUUUUACUCCUCCUCUAUCCUCGUGAACAUAUGAGCCCCGAAAGGAUCCCGAGCCUGGUCUUCAACUGAUGAGUCCUAAGAGCUUCCCUUUUGACCGAAUUGAUUCGUAACUGCGCGCCUUGCUCUCUUAACUUUCAAUGAAGAAAUUUUUGCUCAACCGUCACACUGAUGACAACUUCCAACUGAUUUGUGAAUCUUUGGCGACUUGCUUAUUUCGAUGUCAAAUUAUCAUGUCUUGUUAUAUCCUCAUAUUUCUAUGUUGCGUGUCCUGUCUAACUUGCCAAAUGUUCAUAAAUACCCUAGUUUUACGUCUAUUUAUGCCAAAAUAUGUUUGAGAAAACUAUGUUUGCAACUUUAAGAAUAUCCAUUCAAUCACAAGAAGUAUAUCAAGACUGUCCCUAACCUAUUUUUGACUUAUUUCUCGUUAGUUUCUACUUUUGAACAAACAAAUGAAUAAACUAUUCGUUUUCUUUGUGUAA